AUAGUUACCGUUGUUAAUACAGCUCCUGUAGUUGCUGUGGUUAUUGUAGUUCUUGUAGUUGCUGUAGUUGUUGUAGUUGUGUAGUUAUUGUAGUUCUUGUAGUUACUGUAGUUGUGUAGUUAUUGUAGUUCUUGUAGUUACUGUAGUUGGGUAGUUAUUGUAGUUGUGUAGUUCCUGUAGUUGUUGUAGUUGUGUAGUUUCUGUAGUUGUUGUAGUUACCGUACUUCCUGUAGUUGUGUAGUUGCUGUAGUUGCUGUAGUUGUUGUAGUUGUGUAGUUGCUGUAGUUGUUGUAGUUGUGUAGUUCCUUUAGUUGUUGUAGUUGCUGUAGUUGCUGUAGUUGUGUAGUUAUUGUAGUUCUUGUAGUUCUUGUAGUUGUGUAGUUAUUGUAGUUCUUAUAGUUACUGUAGUUGUUGUAGUUGCUGUAGUUGUGUAGUUGCUAGAGUUGUGUAGUUCCUGUAGUUGUGUAGUUAUUGUAGUUGCUGUAGUUUCUGUAGUUGUUGUAGUUGCUGUAGUUGUGUAGUUAUUGUAGUUGUUGUAGUUGCUGUAGUUGCUGUAGUUGUUGUAGUUGUGUAGUUGCUGUAGUUGUUGUAGUUGUGUAGUUCCUUUAGUUGUUGUAGUUGCUGUAGUUGCUGUAGUUGUGUAGUUAUUGUAGUUCUUGUAGUUCUUGUAGUUGUGUAGUUAUUGUAGUUCUUAUAGUUACUGUAGUUGUUGUAGUUGCUGUAGUUGUGUAGUUGCUAGAGUUGUGUAGUUCCUGUAGUUGUGUAGUUAUUGUAGUUGCUGUAGUUUCUGUAGUUGUUGUAGUUGCUGUAGUUGUGUAGUUAUUGUAGUUGUUGUAGUUGCUGUAGUUGCUGUAGUUGUUGUAGUUGUGUAGUUGCUGUAGUUGUUGUAGUUGUGUAGUUCCUUUAGUUGUUGUAGUUGCUGUAGUUCCUGUAGUUGUGUAGUUAUUGUAGUUCUGGUAGUUGUUGUAGUUGUGUAGUUAUUGUAGUUCUUGUAGUUACUGUAGUUGUUGUAGUUGCUGUAGUUGUGUAGUUGCUGUAGUUGUGUAGUUCCUGUAGUUGUGUAGUUAUUGUAGUUGCUGUAGUUUCUGUAGUUGUUGUAGUUGCUGUAGUUGUGUAGUUAUUGUAGUUGUUGUAGUUGCUGUAGUUGUGUAGUUGCUGUAGUUGUGUAGUUAUUGUAGUUGUUGUCGUUGCUGUCAUAGCUUCUGUAGUUGUUGUAGUUGCUGUAGUUGCUGUAGUUGUUGUAGUUGCAAGUUUUGAGGACUCAAAUUGUUUUCCCAUAAUCAUUUCCCUGAAAAAUACUUGAAAUAUGCCCAAAUAAAUAGCGACAGUACCCCUUUGUGCUCCUAUAGACAGUUACUUUGAGGGAAUCAAGGCCAAAAGUGUCCAAAAAAUGCAAUUUUGCUAUGUCCGCAGAGAGGGUGGGUAUAGAAGGUUACGGUAUAUUUGUGCUUUUCGCCUUAUACUGUGGAAACUAAUCAAUCCAAUGUCUCGGGAAGGACCUAAACUAAAGUCCUCCAUGAUCAUUUCUCACUGCAGGUCAGUUUUGUUGCUUUUAACUACAGUGAACUGGUGUCCUUUUUUUUUUUUUAAACUUCCGUUACCGAUCUGAGGGCAGAUCACAAAUGGCCUAGAAAGAAGUAUUGCGAAUGAUUUACAUCGGAUAAAUAUUACUUAAGUUUGCUCUUUUUGAUACGCAAUACAUAAAAUGAACAGCAAAAGCCUGUGGAAAGAAAUUGCAUCUCACAAUAGCAGGAUUUAGGGUGAACAGUUAAGGUUGUAACUUCCGUUACUAAGAUUACAGUAGGAAAAAAUGAAAAGUGGGUCGUGCUGAUUUUUGUGGUGACGGAGGAGCUAGUGAGGAUUAUUAUGGAGUAUGUUUGGUUUUUCCGAGUUAUUAAUUUCACUUCAAGAUGUAACAGAAAAGGUAGAAUUUUAACUUCCGUUACUGUAACUUCCGUUACCAAGAAUUUGUCCGGUCUCUAAAACAUGGGAUAAACGUCAGGUAAAUUUCGGGAAAUGCUGUCACACGAUUGCCCCAUCAAACAACUCAACCCUUGAUGACAUCUGGUGAAGAUUUCGUCAUAAGUACACCCUCAUACGUGAUCCAUUGGUGAGAUACCUCUCUGUCAAGUGUGAUAAGGGAAUUUUAGCUGAUUUUAUGGUUCGCGGAGUUUUUUUGCAUAGUUUGAAAAAGUUUAUUUUUCUUUGAAGUAUUUCUAGGCAAUUUAGGAAUAUAAGAUGAAAAUGGGACAGGUAUCUUGAUCAUUUUAAUUUUUUUUUUAAAGUAACGGAGGUUACACGAAACAGGAAGUGGAUUAUCUCAAGCUGUUUCGCUAGUUAAACCCUCUUUUCUGUGAAUGGACUUUACAAUAUUCAUGUAUUAAAAUUCUUGUACGAAUUCUAACAGAUUACCAUGUAUCUAUUUUUUUUUCUUUCAAUUCAAUUUAUUUUGCUCAUUUUGUUGCUUUUAACCUCAUUCCACCCAAAAUUCCAAAAUUUCAUCCAAAAUUGUUUAGCAUUAAUUCAAUUCAAUAGAAUAACUCAUAUGUAUUGUUAUUUAAGAUGGUCUGUAAUCCCAAAAGUAAGUAUUUGGAAGAAAAAUGAAAUAUGAACUUCCUUCUGUAACUUCCGUUACCGAAAUUUAUUUGAUAAUCACUCGUUUUCUACUAGAUCACAUGUUUCCAAACUAUAAUAAAGGUGAACAACACUUUCUUUCCUUCACAUUUAGCAAAAUAAUGUUUAGUCUGACGGCUUUUUUAAAGAAAAAACAUUAAAAAAAACACAGCAAUUUUAAAUUCUCAAUAUUUUGUUACGUUAGACCAAAGUACACCAUCGCAGAACAACUAGACUUUUUCAUUCUUUGAGCCACUGACUUGACUAAAAUGUAAAACUCAGACCUUAGCCUGCCACGGACCUCAUUUUAAACAUUUUAAAGUACGCUAAAAUUAAAAAGACAUAGAUAUAAUGCAACACUGUGCUGUUUCAAGCCAUACAAAAUAUCACACUACAUGCUAUUAAAUAACAGGCUAUAACUUUUUAUAGAUAAAAGAUAUGUUGACCAAAUUUUGGUUUCUCACCCUUCAGUAAUAUAUCUUUCGGUUAAACUAACUACUUGUCUGAUUUGUUGACCUAGGAUUUUUCGAAAAUCCUUGGCACAUUUUACCCACUUAGCGUGGAAUGAGUGUGUAACUUCUGUGGUUGUUGUAGUUGCUGUAGUUGCUAUAGUUGCUGUAGUUGCUGUAGUUGUUGUAGUUCCUGUAGCUGUGUAGUUAUUGUAGUUCUUGUAGUUACUGUAGUUGUUGUAGUUGUGUAGUUCCUGUAGUUAUUGUAGCUCCUGUAGUUCCUGUAGUUGUGUAAUUAUUGUAGUUCUUGUAGUUGUUGUAGUUGUGUAGUUAUUGUAGUUAUUGUAGUUACUGUAGUUGCUGUAGUUGUUGUAGUUCCUGUAGUUGUGUAG